AUGGAUAAAUUAUUGCAAUGGUCGAUCGCUCAGCAGAGUGGCGACAAAGAAGCUAUGGAAAGGAUUGGUCAGCCGGAUCCCGAAAUGCUCAAACAGCUUUUCGGAGGUCCAGAUGAACCCACCUUGAUGAAACAAGCAAUUGAAGUUGUCAACAAUCCAGAGGCUACACAGGAAGCUAAAGAGGUGGCAUUGGAAAACUUCGAGAUGUUGAUUGAAAACAUGGAUAAUGCAAACAACAUUGAAAAUAUGAAGCUUUGGCCAAGCGUUAUUGCUCAGUUACAAGCCGACGCAGUCAGCUUGAGAGUUUUAAGUGCCUCCAUCGUGGCCAUCGCCACCCAGAAUAAUCCUGCUAGUCAGGAAGCCUUCUUCAAAGCCGAUAAUGGCUUUCUGCAGCUCAUAGAGUUGGCAUCUGCUGAUCUGACACCAAAAGAGUUGAGAAUGAAGUGCUUAUUUGCCCUCUCUAGUACUGUGAGAAACUAUAAGAUCGCUGCUGACAGAUUUGUUGAGCUUGGUGGCUUCAAGGCUCUCCAGUUGCUCCCCUCGAAUGAUGAUCAGAAAAUGCUGUUGCGCAAACUUUCACUCUUGUCUGCUCUCUUAUCUACUGGCCUAGAUAAUGUUAAGACCGAACACUUUCAAUCGGAGAAGUUGGUGGAAAACCUUAUUGAUUUCAUAAGUGUCGAUGGCCACAUUGGCUGUAUUGAUAAGACAUUAAACAUUUUGUCUCAAUUGCACGCCAUGAAGUUCCCCUUUACUGAAUCUGAAAUCACCCAGUUGGCCAGCAAAUUGGACGCAAUUGAUCAUAUGAAAGAUCAACUCUCUUACGAUGACUUUGAAACGGCAAAGAAGGUGGUGCUGUAG